AUGGGAGCUGGAGUGGUCAUAGAACCUCUGGUGGUUAUUGUUCUCUUGUUUGGAGGUACCUGGAUUAACCGCUCUGUCGGAUCCUCGAGGUACAACACUCGACGGAACUCAAGCAUUCGAAGAGCCUCAUCUGAUUCUUUGGAGUCGGGAUACUCAAGCCAAUCGACAAAGGAUGGCUUGCUGAGCUCACGGUCCCACUCACCAGUGGAAGAUCGAUGGCACAAGCGACAGGUUGGACUCCUGGGUUUGACAUUUGAGGUGUCGUCGCCAAAUACUAUCGUGUUCCAAGACCGCUUGCUCAGUCGGUUGCUCCGAAAGUUUCCCUUUUUGGUGGAAUGUUGGUAUUGGGCUUUGGUUUACUGGACGUACCAGCUCGGUCGCGCUUUUACCGCCGUGACGCUUAAAGAUGACACCGUCGAUAUUGCAAGAAGACACGCAUUGCAAGUAAUCGUGAUCGAGGAGAAACUGGGUAUGUUCUGGGAGACCUUGAUUCAAAGACACUACCUUCACCGCCCCCUUGUUAUGUCUUGGAUCAAUUGGAUAUACUCCUUUAUACACAUUCCCGGAACAAUCGCAUUCCUCGUCUGGCUCUAUUACUAUACUACCGUGCGGAAUCGGAUCGAUGAGGCCCAGCCCGGAAAGCCCAAGGGUGCUGUGAGCGGGUCGCCAGCAGGUCCUCUUCUAUACCAGGCGCGCCGGCGGACUUUGGCCGUGUGCAAUCUUCUCGCAUUUGUGGUUUUCACUCUUUGGCCCUGCAUGCCGCCUCGGUUACUAAGUGACACAGCGGCGGAUGGUCAAGAUGCAGAUCUAGCCCGCAGCUAUGGGUUCGUGGACACGGUGCAUGGUAUCAAUGGAUCGGGCAGUGUUUGGACGGAAAACCGCUUUUGUAAUCAAUAUGCGGCAAUGCCUUCCUUGCAUUUCGGCUACUCUCUAAUGAUCGGCCUCACAGUGAUGACAAUCCCUCUGCUACAGCGCCACCGGCGCACAAUCCUACGUACUAGGCUGACCCGUGCCUUAAGACUGGAACUCCCAUCGUGGCGCCGCCUUGUUUGCGUCAUACUUGGCUUCCUAUAUCCGUUUACCAUCCUGGUGGCUAUUGUUGCCACGGCCAACCAUUUCAUUCUCGAUGCUGUCGCGGGAGCUGUGGUAUGUGCCUUGGGGUGGUAUUUUAACGGGGUGUUGCUCAAUCUGCUGCCAUUGGAGGACUACUUCCUUUGCCUCGUCCGGAUCCAUAAGCCGGAGCCGUCACUUCUUGAUGUCACCGAAGAGGACUACAUGAGUGAAAGUGCUUCAGAACAUGGCAUCUGA